AUGAACAACAAGCGAAAAAAUCGCCAAGGGCCACCGAGAUCACCACGGGGCCGAGUAGUAGCGGAGGGAGUUUACAACAAUGCUCAUUUCAUGCACGCAGCUACCUCACACGUGGGGGAUAUUGUCCAAGUGCUGACCCAGUCCGGGAGUCUGUGGGAGGGGGUCUUCAAAACUUUCAGUGCUCAGUUUGAGGUGGUACUAGAAGUAGCUCACAGAGUAGACCAAGACGGUGUGGUCGCAGUCGACUCAGUGGUGGAGAAACUGAUCUUCAAGCCGCAGGAUGUGGUGUCGAUCCGGGCCAAGGACUCGGACCUAGAAUACGCGACGCACGACGUGUUUCAGACCGACAGUGCGAUCUCUAGCAAGUUUAACGGCAACGGACGGCCGGGCGAGGAGCGGCAGCUGGAGCCGUGGGACGGAUGCGAGGGCGAGGCGGGGGACUCACCCUCGCUCAACGGGGACGCGCGUCUCGAGGACCUGGACCUGGACCACCGGGCCAACGGCUGGGACGCCAACGACAUGUUCCGGAAGAACGAGGAGGUGUACGGCGUGCACAGCACCUACGACCACUCGCUGGCCGGCUACACGCUGCAGCUGCAGCGCAAGGACACGCAGGACUAUAGGGAGGCCGAAGCGAAAGCGGAGGAGAUAGCCGCGGAGAUAGAGGGAACGGCCACUUACAAGGCGCGCAUCGAACUCGAGAACGGAGAUGAAGAGGAGCGGUUUGCGGCGGUGGUGCGGCCGCAGCACGAGCAGCCCAAGUACGUCAUACCUAACAAGAGGAAGAACGGGCAGCAACAGCAAACGAACAAACCUGCCAAGUCAGCCAGCGGGGCCGGGUCCCCGGGGGGUAAAGGCCCGCGGGACAAAGACCCCCGACCCCCGAGACAUCACCUCACUCCGCCGGCGCCCGCGACGGAUAGGCGAGUCGACGAUCAUAUGUCCGGGAGCAACCCGAGCGGCAGUGCCACCGGCAACAAGAGCUACGCUGCGCAGGCGGCUGGGCAUCACCCGCCACCGUUCCCGCACCACACGCACGCCCACGUAGCGCCAAACAGCAAAAUGAAUGGGGAACCCCGCUCGGCCACAGGACCGCGGCAAGGCUUCCCGUCACAUCACCAUCACAGCGGUCCCCCGUCGGAACCGAGCGGCCGAGGUCCUCGGCACGGACCGUCCGACACGAGGGAGCAGCGAGAUCCCAGAGAGCCACGAGACCAACGUGACCCGAGGGAUGUGCGGGACCAGCGGGAAGCCCGAGAACCGCGCAGGCAAGACGUCGACCUUCAGGAUCUACGCAAAUUCCACCAAGACUUCAAGUUGGUGGCUUCUCCCGCGCCGGCGCCCGUCCCCCAGGUGCAGGCGCAGCCACCUCCGCAACUGCAAGCCCCGGCCCAAGUGCAGCCCCCCGCGCAGCCGCCCCCGCAGCCAGUCCCCUUACCCCAACCGCAGCCGCCUCUCGCGCACAACCCUCAACCACCGUUACAGGUACAAGCGUGUCCCGUGCUACCGAACCCUCCAGAGGUAUCGGCGAACGUCGGACCUCCAUCGGAGCCCCACAAGCGACCCGCUCGGGCCCCAGAACACCAUAAGCCCCCGCCGGUCCCCGUCCCGGAGGACGCGGAGGAGACGAACCGCUCCCCCGAAGCCAGCUCGCCGGGCGUGGAGAGAGCUACUGCGACCCUCAAAAAGUCUACUCUCAAUCCCAACGCGAAGGAGUUCAAUCCCAGCGCCAAGAUUUUCACACCGCGGAGCCCCACGACUCCGUCGCACAGCAGGCCGCACACGCCCGGUACGCCAGUGGGCGUAACCAAUAUGGGCGUGGCACCGGUCGGCCUAAACGUGGUCGGUGGGUACGUGCCCGCUCCGCCACCUGGCCCGCACAUGAUCCCGGCGUACGCUGCAGUGAUGGCUGCCGCUGCAGCUGCUUCGCAGCAGCCGCCAGCCUAUUUGCCGCACCCGCAUCCACCACCGAACGGCCCGAUGGAGAUGAGUUGUGAAUGCCGGCAGUACGGUCCCCCCAUUCUGGUGCUCGCCGAAAAGAGGGAUAGGCACGACGCGGUGAGGAGUUUGGGGGAAAGGGGAGAGGCAGCGAGUGAUCAGUGUUCAGAAUUUCAUUGUACCUGA